AUGGCGGAUGAUGUGGGAGGACUGGCUGAAUCGUCAGAAGUGACUGCUGAAUUCUUGCAGCACUUCUGCGAUCAGCAGGAUCUAGGUAAAGAUACUUGUGAUUACAAAUGAAUCCUAGCUAUGCAUGAACAAAUAUUUGACAUACAGAGAAGAAAAAUACAAUGGUAGAUGUUCUAACUAGAUCGGAUGUUGCAUAUCAAUCUACUAAACUACUAUUUACUUCAACAAGAAGAACUAGAACGACAGCUGUGGAACUUGUAGUGUCUUGCUUUGUUCAUGCUUAUAUGUAAUGUACUACACGCUAAAGUAGCUAAUUCCAAAACAACAAGACUAAUGUUGAAUCCCCAACUGAACACUUUCUCCAGAGCGCGUCCGCGACCUCGAGAUCGAAUUAGAUGCGGAGGAACAGCAUAUCGAGAGUUUGGGCGAACACUGUCCUAAUUUGAUUUCUCUGAAGCUCAAUGGCUCCAAGGUUUUUUGCGUCCGAGAACUCGGAGUGAAAUUCCAGAAUGUCAAGUUUCUCUACUUGAAUCGCGCAGGCUUACGAGAACUAGACGGAAUCGCGGCACUACCACAGUUGGAGGAAUUAUACGUAAGUCACUUGAAACUUUUGUUCUUUGAAUGUGGAUAGAAUAAACAUAAGAGCAUGUUGAUACCCACAAGCGGGUUGCCUAACAAAGACAAACUACAUGAACUAGCCAGAAUCACACCAGCUCCACGUCCACAUCCACCACUGACUGCAAAAUUACAGAUUAGCUUCAACGAAGUACGGGAGUUAUCGGCUUUGCAGUUCCAUGACACGUUGCAAGUGCUAGACCUGGAGGCGAAUCAAGUGUCAGAGCUUUCAGAACUAGAGGCGCUCGCGACAUGUCCGGACUUGACCGAGCUCACCCUUGAGGAUAACCCUGUGAGCAAGAGGAAAGAUUAUCGCAGACGCGUGCGCGAAAGCAUACCCCAUUUAGAGACGCUUGACAGUGAGUCACUGACUGCGGAGGAUCCUACCACAGGAGGAGAAGGAGAUUACAUCAACAACAAUGGCAGUACAGGAGGUGCAGGAGGAUUAUCAGCGAUAGAAGAUGUUGGUGUUGCUGUUGGUGAUAGUCCAGCUACUUCCUCCAGUCCUAGUAGAAUAGCGAUGGCAGACGCAGAUGAGGACAGCAUUUUGGAGAAGGGCACAAGUAGUACUAGUACAAGUGGUUGUAGAGAAGGGUCUCGUGACGCGUCAUCUCCACCUCUUGGCGAUUAUGCGACGACUGCUCUCGCAAAGUACACAUCUGGGAGUGCGGGGAAGUCAGAGGCAUCCACAACGUGUGAGAAUUCAGUCGCAGAAAAUUUUUCUACGGAGGAAUCUGUACUAGAGCCGACGGAGAGGGACCUGAUAGUGGAAGCCGUUAAGGUAUCAUUUUUCUAGUGUGAAUCAAUAUGAAUUGUUAAAAGCAAUAAAUAACAACUUAAAAAGUAACAAAUCAAAUACCUGUUGUUAUUGAUUUUUGUUUUGUCAGUCGCAGAGUCGACAUGUCAGCUGCAUUGAUCACAGCCGUAAAAUUCCAGCUGCAUGCAUUUUGUUCGAAUCCAUAACCCUUUACUACAGGCAACAAGGCAGCAUUUUUGGAAGUCUAGGCCUGGGAGCUCAGGCAGCGGUGGUAGCCGCGGACGCCCUGCGUCAUCCUGGUCGCGGCCACACACGUCUUGGUCGCGUCCUUUCACUGGAAGCACUGAGGAUCGUGCCUCGUCCGCCUUUAGCAGCUCUAGCACGUCAACGAACUUCUUCAUCAACAAUGUGGGAGUUAUGAAUAACCUAUAUUCAGCUGGUGAGAGAAUCAAGUUCUUUCCCACUCUGCUCUAACAUUCGUGCCCCUCCGAAUCAGCACAAUGCACUCGAGCAGCAACUUGCCGGAGGCGCCACCUCGUCAUCAUCCACUGGCGACGGAACAACCACAGAAGGAUCUUUCCAUCAGAAUCUGAGUCUGAUGCUCACAUCCACAUCAAGCUCAAGUAAGGGCUUCGGUCGCACCUCAGGCGAAGAAGACUUCACAAGUGACCUCACGAAAGUUAAGGUGGCGGUGUUUUGUUGAGUCAAUUAUAAGUACUUUGGAAGUAGUCGACGUAGUAGAAUAGAAUGUUGUUAUCUUCAACACGUAAUUUGCAACGUGUGCUUGCUAACCAAGAUCGGUAGACUGUCGGCGUCCUCAAUUCGUCUUUCAGCAUUGUAUUUUUACUUCUUGCUUCUGCAUUUCUUCAUAUGAAUGCAAAGGUCCUUGUCUUCUCUUCUAAUAAUCGUGACGACGUUCUAGUAGGGUCAAACCCGUUAAAGGCAGUGCGACAAAGGCGGAGGAACUUGGGUAUGAAAGAGCAUCACACUGGCUCCGAGUCAAUUCACCACUUAUUGGCGAAAUUUCAGUCAUACAUGCAACCAAGCUGUUUAGGGGAGCAAGAGUUGGAGCGAAGGAAGAAGGUCUUCAAAAGAUUAUAAGUUUUGAGUUGUUCUUGAGAAGAAGUGGAGGAAGAUUAAUAGCAUGACUUUCACUUUAACUGAAGUUGCUUAGGUACCUCAAAAAUGAGAGUUGUUCAUCUGAUUCCUUUUAUCAUCCACCCUAACACCGUGUAACUACGACAGGCCUUCGAAGAUAGCGGUGCCAGACCAAAAACAGCCGACGUCAGGAUUAUACAACGUUCUUGGGAGGAGCAGGGGACAAGAACUAGUCACCAGCAUGGGACCUCUAAUACCAGUGCUGUUGAUUCAACGACGGACGAUGCGAGUCCAAGUGCUAGUUCUAGAUACAGGAGUAGACCACAAACUGGAGGUGCAUUUGGGUCGAAAGAAACAUUAAGGGUUACAACCGCAUUGCAUUCUUCGCCACCAUUCUUGACCUGUUCCCCAAUGGGAAAGGAGUCAAGAAUGAUCUGAAUACCGCAGAAUCUUGAUCUUCCACCGCAAUUUCCGGUCCCUCCACUAAAACAUCGUCUUUCCUUCGAACCUUAGCUGCUUUAUCAACAGCGUCUUCCGUAUGGAUAAUAUGAUCCGCAGCUAUAUUACUUUUGAUGUCAACAUCCACUACCUUCCCAUUGGGGAACAGGUCAAGAAUGGUGGCGAAGAAUGCAAAAAUGGCGCAACCUCUAAAAACAGCUGCGUCUGCGACAACGCCUCUUGAUUCGUCUAGUAGCAUGCUAACAGGAAGUAGCAGUAGCUCUUCGGCGUACGCAGGUGGUAGAAGAAGCACCACUGACGAGGCAAGAACGAGUGCUAGAACGCAACCAGGAGACGCAGGAGGAACAUCUAGUUUCAUCCGGCACGAUCACGUGGUUAACAAAGCGAUUUAUAGUAGUGCGACUACAACUAGCCAUAAUUUUCCACGAGCAUCUACAACAUCACCAGGGGGCCAAUUGAUAGGCGGGCUUCUUCCACCUGAGAAACCUCUAGAUCCUGGGCCACCGCUGGGACCUGGUGCCAAAGCCUCCCCUAGAUGGACGUCGCAGCAUUCGACUCGUGCACAGCAGAUCGCGCCAACGUCUGUGAGUACACGAGGAGAAGUGUUGACGUUGGAUUGA